UCUUUCCUUGAAUGUUCAAGAAUAUGUACCCCCGACCCAAUAAUAAACAUGCAAAAAAGGAAACCGCACUGUACAUCCCUAGACACCCAUCAAUGGUAUUUAAUCCCACCUUGCAGUACUGCUCCUGUUUUUACUGCAUUUCACCAGAAGAGGGUAGAGUUUGGAAAGCACUUGACGGCAGCCUGGAAGUCCUAUUGUGCUUGUAAACAGCAAGGGGGAUAACAAGCACAACUUUAUCCUUCGCACACUUCAAGCCCUUGUGUGAGGGAGCUGCUGCAAAACUCCAGAAUACCUUUGUACCAAAAGACACACAACAGAUUUCCCUCUGUGAGCCUCUCUGAAGCCAAGACAUCACAAAAGCAGCUGAUGGGACUUGUCUCUUUUUUCCCUCUCUUUCUCUCUCAGAACUGUUUCGUUCACUUUUGUUGUUAUUUAGGCAUAAGGGACUUAUUGUAGGAACCAGAAUCUCCGAUGGCAAAUCAAUGCCAUUUCAGGAAAUAAAGAAAAGCUGCAACCAGCAAUAGGUGAGUUUCCUUAAGUGUUCCUCUGUCUCCCUGUCUGUCUGUCUCUCUCCCCCACUCCUCGUUCAAAUCUAUUGGAGCAAUUGCUGCUAGUCAAACAACCGCGCUCUCUCACUCGCAAGCAGACAGAUGACUUGCCUCUCCACUGCAGCUUGUUGCAGACUUCGCAAGGUUUCGCAGCCUGCAGGUUUUCCUUUUGCAGUCAAUUUUUUCCCCCUAGUCCUGUUCAAAGUCGUUGCCACUUAAGGUUUUGCUAAUGAACAGCUGACUUGAUUUAUCGCAAAGCUUCUCCCGUAAUAACCUGUGGGAGGAGAAGGCUGUUGGAAACAAGGCAAUAACGUUAAAAUGGCAGAUGACAUUAGUUUUCAAGAGCUGGAAAGUGACGGGUCAGAGAACAGUGAAGAAACAGAGAUUGUCGUCAAUGUCGGUGGGGUGAGGCAGGUGCUGUACGGAGACCACCUCAAUCAGUAUCCAAACACGAGACUAGCAGAGCUUGUGAACUGUUUAUCAGGGGGAUAUGACACCAUUUUCUCACUCUGCGAUGACUAUGAUCCUGGGAAGAGAGAAUUUUACUUCGACAGAGAUCCGGAUGCUUUUAAAUGCAUAAUUGAUCUGUAUUAUUUUGGGGAGGUUCACAUGAAGAAAGGGAUAUGUCCCAUUUGUUUUAAGAACGAAAUGGAGUUUUGGAAAGUAGAUCUCAAAUUCCUGGAUGACUGCUGCAAAACUCACCUCAGUGAAAAGAAGGAAGAGCUAGAAGAGAUUGCCCGCAGGGUCCAGCUGAUUUUGGACGACUUGGGACUGGACACCUCCGAAAACCGCUGGAAAAAAUGCCAAAAGUACAUUUGGAAAUUCAUGGAAAAACCAGAAUCUUCGUACCCAGCUAGAGUAAUAGCAGUUGUGUCUUUUCUACUCAUCCUAACCUCAUCGGUAGUGAUGUGUGUGGGGACCAUCCCAGAAUUGCAGGUGGAGGACUCUGAAGGAAAAUCUGUUGAGCACCCAGUGCUGGAUAAGAUUGAGACAGCUUGCAUAGUCUGGUUUACUCUUGAGUACGUCCUCAGACUCAUCUCAUCCCCUAACAAAUUGCACUUUGCUCUUUCUUUCAUGAACACUGUCGACAUAUUCGCAAUACUUCCCUUCUAUGUCAGCCUGAUAUUGACCCACUUAGGUGCCAAACUGAUGGAGCUAACGAACGUGCAGCAAGCCAUCCAAGCACUUCGGAUCAUGAGGAUCGCAAGGAUUUUCAAGCUGGCACGGCACUCCUCGGGUCUACAGACUUUGACCUACGCUCUUAAAAGAAGCUUUAAGGAGUUGGGGCUCCUCCUGAUGUAUUUGGCUGUUGGGAUAUUUGUGUUUUCUGCCCUCGGUUAUACGGUAGAGCAAAGCCACCCUGAGACGAUGUUUAAGAGCAUCCCCCAGUCCUUUUGGUGGGCCAUCAUAACCAUGACCACGGUAGGUUACGGGGACAUUUACCCAAAGACCACGUUGGGCAAGCUCAACGCUGCCAUCAGUUUCCUUUGCGGGGUCAUAGCCAUUGCACUACCGAUCCACCCUAUCAUUAAUAACUUUGUCAGAUACUAUAACAAGCAGAGAGUGUUGGAGACAGCUGCCAAACACGAACUGGAACUGAUGGAGCUCAAUGCAGGCGAUAACAAGAAAGGUGGAAGCCCCAGAUGUGAAGCUGCAUCUCUUCUGGAGGCAGAAAAGGAAGAUCUCCGGUGGAGCAGCCAUCUCAGAUUCUCCAACAGUGACACCUUCAUUCACCUCCUGUCAGAUAACCACCACCGAACCAGACUUCAGAGCUGUAAGUAGGCUGUGAGUAUGCCUCCAUUCGGUGGAAAUCUGGAAUACAAGUGACAAUCUCGUGUUGAAAUAAGAAUAAAAGGGACUCCUUUGAGGUCAGCUGCUCUUUUUCAUGUGCAUGUAUUUAUACAUAGGCAGACAUAUAUGUAUAUGUGUGUGUGUGUGUGUGUGUGUGUGUGUGUACACACACACACACACACACACACCUCAACAACUCCAUCUCAGCUUACUAAGCCAUUGUUUAUAAAACACAAGAACACAAUGAAUGUAUGGCCAGAUAUAAGGACUGUAUCCUGACUCAGAUCCUUUGUAAACAUUUCAGAGGGGUCAAAAAAAGCAUACCAGUCAGUAUAUAUAAAACGACUUGGAUGUAAAUUCUUAGAGUCAGAAAAAAAUGUAUGUAUAAUAAUAAAGGGGGGUGGGAAGAGAACAACGCUGAAAAAGCAAGUUCUGUCAAAUAUUUCUCUAGUUGGGAAGCGCUGCUUGAAAGAAAAAUUAAACUGAACUGUCACUUUAUGUUCUGCCUAGCAAAAUGCUACUUGAGAUGUAUGAUGCUCUGGGAGAUAAAGCAAAUGUAAAGAAGCCUCUGAACCUUAAUGUUUGGAGAAUUCCACCUUCGUUUUUAAUAGAGAAAAAUGUUUAUUGCUCUAGCCAGAUUUUUUGAAAGAGAAAAGGAUGAAGAGCCAAUGUGUUAAUGAUAGAAAUAUAACAGCAAAUAAAAAAAGUAUUGAUUAAA